UUUUGGUGAAUAAUUUCAAUAAAAUGUUGAACUAAAAGAUAUGUUUUUGAUGUUCUACAAAAUCAAGCAUUAAAUUAAGUUAAAUAACAUUUUAUAAAUAAAAUAUUAAUGGUUUUUUUAUAAAAAAAUUAAUUAAAAUUUCAUUUAAUUUUGAGUAAAAAUUAAACAAACAAGACAACGAAUAAAAGAAAACAAAGAAAAUUAAAACCGAGAAAACACACACACGGAAUUUCUUACCACUAUUUUGUUGCUGUCAUUAUUGCUGUUUGUUGUUGGUGCUAUUGGCUGUGAUUGUCAAUUCAUUUGUUGUUAUUAUUAUAGUUGUUGCUGCCUUUGCUGUUUUAUUAUGUAUUGACGUAGCUGCUGCUUCGCUGUCUUCUUUAGUAUUGCUAUUUUUAUGACAGCUGAUAGUUUGUUUUGUUUGUAGUAUUUAUAUUACAAUUUGUUGUAAUGCUAAAUAGCAACAACAAUUAUAAUAACAAACCAGUGUCAUUUUCUACUAACAUCGGAACAUUUAUGCCCCAGUUUAUUAUUCCCAUUUUUUACACCAACUACUCGCUAUCUGCGUUACUACUUCAAUUUUUUCUUCGGCUCUUUAUCAAUAUAUAAUUUAGGCUCAAGAGAUGCAUGGCGUCAAAAGGGUUUUAAUCUUUUGCAUUUUAAUUGUAAUUCUGCCGGCCACUUUGAUUGUUAUACCCUUGUAUCUGAGGAGAACAGUAUUUGCCGAUGUGGUUUAUCCGGUGGCCGAAUCGGAUAUUAUAGAGAUAAGAGAUGGCAUUUCCUCGAUAUUUUGCCAGCAACAUUCUCUUAAGAUGAGCAGUAACUUUAAUGCCUUCCAGUUGGCAGGCAGACCCGAAAUUUCCACAAAUCACAAGCACAUCAGAUUGAAAAAGUCCAUGACUUUGCCGGAUGAUACUUUCGAAUACUGGGGUUUCUAUUUGCUAAAAGGAGCCAGAGUUCUGUUGAAAUUCUGUUCGCGAUAUGAUGGUGCUCGUAUGUUGGUGGUAAAGGGUGCUAGAGAAUUGGAUACUUGUGGUUUAUUGGAUCAUAAUAAAAAGAAAUUUGGUCCCAAUUGGAAUCAGGGUCAUGAACAGGUGAAGGUGUUCUUUGAAGAUUUCGAGGUUAUCAAUGAAAAUAUACGCAGUGAUGAAUUGGUUAAUAGUACGGACAUACAAAAUGCCACUGAAAAUUCGGAUCAUUUAAUGGAGAUGGAAAACCGAGGAGCUGAGGAUUUAACAGAGGAUAUUGAUGAGGAUGGGAGUGAGAGUGAGGAAGAUAAUACUACCACUACUACAACCACAGAAAUUCCCAAAACUACAAAGGUACGACGCAAGAAACUAAAGAAAGGAUCUCCUAAUUCCCAGAAACAACGUGAGAAUAAUGGCAAUAGUCUGAAGACAAGUGAAGAAGAUAUUAAUCCUCUUAAGCAAAUGAAUUCUCAAGAAGACUUGAAUAUACCCAGGAUAAGACGUACUUCCCAACACAAAGCGUACUUGGAAAGGCAUGCUCGAGAUCAUGAGCAGCGCAAACAAAAGGUAUACGAUCAACUUUACAAGCAUCGACCCAAACGUGAUCAUGUGUACGAUCGUAAAUAUACGCAUGGCGGUAAUGCCAUGAAUUUCACUCAAACCGAUGAAUCCAAUUCAAUAUCAAGUUUUGAGAACGGUCUGCUAGAAUGUUUCAAAACCAAUAAACUCUCCUUUGGCGAUUUUCCACCCAUGGCCGAUUGUACGAAUCCCCAUUUUCUGGAGAAUGGCUCGCAUCGCAUGUUGUCUAUACAUGAAAUCGAUGCCGAUGGCUACUACUAUUACAUAUUCUACAGUGACAAUGAUAUGGUGCGCAAUGAUAUCCAUGCCAUAUUCGAUAUUUACAAGCCCACCUUUGAAUAUUCGAAUUUAACUAACCAGCAGGCCUGUGUUAAUGCCACCAAUUGCACAUUUCCCAUUGGUUUUAUGUCCGAUGAGAUAGUGGUCGUCGAAGUGCCUACACGUGAUGGUAUCGAACAUGAGGACGAUGAUAUCACGUAUUUGAUCUCAACCUGUCAUCCCAGACCAGAAAUUUAUGCCAUCUUUCCCGUAUUGGUUUUGAUAUUAAUCCUGAGCUGUUCGUUUUUAUAGAGUCGGCGUGGAGAGAGAGUGAGAGAAGUUUGAAGAGAAGAAUAAUUACAUAUCCAAAGGGUAAAAGUAUGCUUCAGAUGUGUUAAUGUGCCAUAUUUGAGUACAAAGGUCUUAAGAAAUGUGAGUGAAAAUAUUGCUUUAAAAUUGUGGAAUGAAUGAAAUUUGGUGUUAGUUGAAAUCGUUUGAAGGGCAGUAAUCAUUUUACAAUAUUUUAGUAAGUUUAAUUAACCCCAAUUAAUCAGCUAUUGUCCAACUAAGGUUGCUAUUUAAAAUCACGACUACCUAAAUUGUUUUCUCCAACAUUUUUUUUAUAUUGAUCUUAAAUGUUUUUUUGGAAUCUGUAUUAGUUUAGAAAAUGUUAGAUUCUUUGUGGAUUAGUUUGAGAAGAGACGAACCAACGGCCGAAAUUUAAAGUCUCUAGCUCAGUGGUCGGCAUAAACAAAACAUGCCACCUUAAAAACUGUAUUGAAAUGUUGCAUAAAACGAAUCUGUGCAUUGAUGAAUAUGUCAAAACCAAAUGGUAGUAUUUGAGUUAAUCAUCACUUUACACUUCAUAGAACAAUAAUUGUUUGAUUGAUUUCGCUUAUAAUAUGAAAUGAUUUCCCCAAAAUGUUAACAGAUUUCUCCUACAACGAAUUUCAUUCUAAAGUUUUUUUAAAGCAUGAUUUUUAAAAGAUUUUAAAUAGUGUUAAACCACUAUAUUAGAACAAAUUCAUAACAAACAAGAAUUUUAUGGCAAAACAAACAUUAAGGAUAGUUAAUUUACAAACCAAAAGAAGUGGCCUCAUAAAUUUAGUAUACUAGACAUAAGUUCAUCAUAUCUGCCUUGAAUUCAUUAAAAACAAUGCGAAUUUAUACAGCUGAUUGCAAAGGCGAAUUCAAGCAAAUUGCUCCAUUUAUAAACUCGUUCCCAAGUCGAAUUUAUAUACAAGGUGGUGUCGGUGGCGAAUUCAGGCAAAUAU